ACCAUCAAGAUGACCGAUAUAGAGGACUACAGCAGCGAUGACUCGCUAGAUUCUGAUAUCGAUCUCACGGAGGACGAGAUGAAAUUCUCGAGAGAUGACGACUCCAGAGUAAAAGCUACCCGCCAGUUUAAGCAUUUACCAUAUCAAACUGAAUCACUCGACGAGAUGGACGACAGAUUAGACUUUAUUAUUAAGAAAUUGAUAAACGCUGCUAAAGCAAAGGAUUUUGAUAUUGGAUUCAAUAUCUGGGAUCACAGUCUCCAGUGCUGGCUAUCACUCAAGUACCCAAUGCUCAGGGAGAGAAGAGUGCAACUCACACGGCUGUAUUAUCAAUUACUCGUUAGUCCGGGAAUGGACGGUAGAUUUAUUAAUUUAUUCGCUACUCGCCUUAUGUCGCUCAUCAGUUCGAAGAAACGUCUCUCAAUCAAAGAUAUUGUCUUACCUUGGAAACCACUUUACGAAAUACUAGCAAAGGAACUUUUCCCAAAACAGCGUGAAACUAGUCGUAAAAACGUUACCAACAAUCUACUCACCUUGGUCGAAUACGCUCAACGCUUCUUCCACCCUUCUGAAUAUCAAAAUAUGUUAGACACAAUUCUGCCUAAAAUGGAUGGCUCCUCAGUUGACUCUAUCAUUGCCACACAAGCAUUUCUGGUGCAUUUCUUACCACUAUCACACCCCCAAUAUUGGUUGCCUGUAACUUUCAGAAUUUGGGAAACUUUCAAUUCAUCUCACAUCGAUGACCAGCAUUUGGAUUUGCUUGCUAGACUGACAGAGAAGCACUUAGAUCCGUCAAUCAGUGAUCCACGCAUUAUCGAUUCCCUCGCACCAGCUCCUUCAGAAGUGCCUACAGUGAACAGACCACCAAAAGACAAAAACGCAGACAGCAGUUGGAGAGGUAUUAGGAAGGACGUUGGUUUACUCACUGAAUCACAAUUUGAUACAGUAAUGCAAAAAGCUUUAUCUUCUUUCAACAUUUCAGUCGGAAAAUUAAGAGGGGGCGAUACACUUGGUCCAGACGGAAAGAUUAGUCAGAAUGUCGUAAAUUUGAAAAAGCCUACCAACAGAACAUUUUCUUUGGCCAUCAUUUUGGUGUAUUCAAUGUCUCAAGAAGCCGGCGUUGCUGUUUCAUCUGCUGCAGGUACUCCUGUCUCCGAAACACCAGUCAAUAAAGGGAAAAACCAGCUUAGUGCACCGACGGUUGGUAAUUUUAAUUCCGUCAACAAGUAUCUUGGUGGCUCUAAAGCUCUUGAUGCUCUCAAUAAGCUUAUUCUGAGCACAGAAACUUAUUUUCAUCCUUCCAAUUGGGGUGCUCACACCUUCGCGCUUACUUAUUUCAUUUCUGAUGUUUCAUCUUUAUUUUUGGAAAGAUGGACUGAUGAACAAAAGCCUGAUUGCAAGACACCUCUUCAAUGGAGAUUGACGAAACAGAUGAAGAAGGAGUUCGUUUUCUCGUUACGUACUGUAGCAUUACUUGCGAUGUUUUCUAAGGAUCCAAUAUCAAUUACCAACACUCAAGGAUGUCUUCGUAAUCUCGCACUCCUUGAGCCGGAUCUAAUCUACCCUGCGCUCAUGGAAAGAGCUUAUCCCUCAUUGGAAGCACUCACUGAAACUCAUCGCACUACCGCAGUUAUUACAGCAUUGUCCACAAUUGCACCACAUCUCAUAUCACGAUCAAAGUACUAUGCAGGCGCAAAGGAUCUUCUCCCCUUACUUGAGUUCUCUUUACCUGGAAUUGAUAUGAAUGAUCCGACCAAGACCGUUGCUACUUGCAUGUUCAUCAUUAUGUCUCUUCAUUCUGUCAGAAUUGGAGAUGCUACCACCGAAGGUUCUGAUGAUGUAAACAUUUAUCGCCGCAAAUCCGUUAAUCCAAUGGACCUAGACGGAUGUGCACCAAUUGAAGUUGAGAAUGAUUCAAACAAUUUCUUACCAGAGGGCCGUGAAGCUAAUGAUCCACCCUUAUCACAUGAGGAAGUUGAUAACCUCAUACGUACUUCGACGUCUUCAUUUGGAGACUGGGUUAUCGAAUUUUUCAGAAGAGUUUUCAUAUUGUUCGAAAAUCUGCCUGAAGAGGGUGGGAAGCACAACAGAGUUGGUGGACGUACUGAGGAGAGUGUUCUACAUACGAUUAUGGUAGCAUGUGAAGUAGUCUGUGGUGGCUUAUCUCCAUACAUCUUUCAACUGGCCUUGAAGCAAGUGUUCCAGUAUGCAUCCACCACAACGCGUGCAAAUGGUGUCAGGGUUAUUGGUCAGCUUGUUUCAUGCUUCGCCAAAGCGGAUCCUGACAAAACUCUCAAGCAAUUCUUCAGCUGGACUACUUCCACUAUUAGAGUAGAAAUUAAACACGGCGCUUCUAGUAUUGGCACAACGUCCACUUCUACUCCAUUCGCUGGUGAUACUGCCCUCCAUUGGGCUCUUGCAAUCUUAACUGGUUGCGUCAGUCAUUCUGGAAAAGCCUUGCUGGAUUAUAAGGAUGAAUUAAUCGAUAUACUCAAACUUACUGUCAACUCAUGUAAAUCUGAGAGGGGUUAUAUGUGGUCCUCCAGCAUCUUACAGAGGGUAUUACAAACUCUUACGCAAUAUUAUACGGUUUACACCCGCUUCGUUAAUGACGCUGAGUGGAAGAAUCCAUCAUUUGCUCGUAAUCAUAUUUACCACUGGGGUAAAUUGUUCGAAAGCGAUGAAGUUGAACUUGACUGGCAUGUACCAUCUUCAGACGAGUUUGACAUGGCUGUAGAGUUAUUUAAGGAAGUUCUCGAGCCUGAGUUGAACAGGAUGGAAGCGCUAAUCACAAGUACGAAAGGGAAGGACUGGUCGAAUGAUUUCUGCAGAAUAUCACUUCAUAUAAGACAUUCAUUAACUGCAAUUGCAUCAUUAUUGCAAAUAAGUGCACCAGAAGCAGGUGAUCCCAUUUCGGAUCAUGGUGUUUUCCCUAAGGAAUUCAUUCAAAGACAGCCAGAAUUCAAAUGUCAAGGUGUUUUAAAGGAUGAUGACCGUCGUCUUCUCUAUUUCAACCAAUUUCGGUACAAAUUUGGAGAAACUCUUCACAAAAUUGCUAGCGUAUUCAACAAUCCUUCAGAGCAAGAUGAAUCUUCAGACUCCAUUGAUUGCGUUAAAGCAUUUUUGAGAUCGGUUAGAGUAUAUAUGAGUGAGAACGGUAUGGAUUCAAGUCAUUACGAAAAUACAAGACAAAGGUACACUUUCCAAAAGUCCGUUAAUAAGAUUCUGCCAAGACAGAAACAAUGGCCUCGAUUGGUUUUCGCUAGAAGAGCAGCAUAUCUACAUGCAACUAGAUUACACUUGAACACAUUCAAUCGCGAACGUUCAAAAUUAGACGAUCAGCUACUUGAUGAUGUCCUCGAAUUAUCACUCUCUUCAUAUACUGCAGUUAGAAAAACUGCACAGAACACGUUACAACAAUUAGCUGCGUUCUAUGACGGUACGAAAGCGUUAUCAAUGGACAAAAUCAUCUCAUCGCUCAAACCUGGUACCGAUGCUGAUAGAAUGAAAGGUGCACUUUACAUACUAAUGAACAAGUCUUGGAUUAGUUACUACAUUGUUCAAUUUGGCCAGUUCAAGAAGGUCAUUCUAGCUUUGUUGGGAGCACAAACUGAAGAAAAGCCUUCUAUACAGAAUCUUAUACAAAACCUUUCUCGUGAGAUUAUAGUGAGAAUGCCUGAAAUUGCUGCGCUCUCUUCACGCCUGGAUUGCGAUAACGUCAAGGAUGUCAUGAAUGAUGUUGAAAAUAGCAUUGGAGGUAACAGUGUUGACAGCCAGGAAGUCAUUCAAGCUGUCGGCAAUGUUGCUGUAGAGCGUAUAGAAAGUCGUGAAGUACUUUACGAUGAGCUGAUUACACCAUUGUUAGACGUAGCUGAAAGCAACAAUACACACUGGAGAUAUCAACUCAUUGCUCAACGAGUGCUCAAGAACCUGAUACGCAGAGACAAGCCAACACCCGAAAGAUUAACGUCUUACUUCCUUGCCCAAACUAUUUCCGAUCAUCCUAAGAUUCGCGAGCAUGCAUACGGUAGUAUGAUUAAAAUCUUACACUUCAUCAAGUUACGUACUUUUGGCCAAGGUGAUAAUCUCAGAGAGCAGUUGUUAUUGCGAAGCACAAAGAACCCUCUGAAGAAGACCAUAAGUAUAGAGGAACAAAAGGAUUUCACAACUGAGAAAUAUCUUCAAGCUUUUAAACAACCAAUUGUAGAAUGGAACGAGGAUGUGCAGCUUCAAGAUAAGACACAAUCGGGAUGGUUGUGUUGGGGUCGUACACUGGACGUAUACGGAUUACCACCAACAGAUCACUUUCCAUUUGAGUGGGAAGUUGAUAGCUCUGCAUCAAUCAAAGCUAUCACUGACACCGUUAUGUCAAGUGAAUGGUGGUACAAAUUCGUUUCGCAGUUGUCAAUCGAAUCUUCCUCCAAUGGUCCAUCAUAUGAUCACGUCAAUUUCAUAAAGAGUAUUUUCGCAAUGUCUGAAAAGCCUUUGGGUCUACUCAAAUCAGUUAUUGAACCUCUGUUGGAAGAUGUCAGCGAUAGACACAAACAGAGGGCUGCAUCUGAACUUUUGUCUGGAUUACUUAGAGGUAUAAAGCACUGGCCAAAAUACGCUUUAGAUGACUUGUGGAAUUGGCUUACUCCAAAGUUCCCUCAAUUUUUAGGCAAUGUCAGACCAGACAGCGCUGCUACCUGGGAUAUGUUCGUUGUAAAUACUUUAUACCACCGCGACCCAAGAAGAGUGUACCCGCUUAUCAACUGGAUUGUCGAACAGGGCGAUCUCAUGAAAAAUGCUUCUAGUUCCGCUUGGUCACAAGCUUAUUCGAUUAACCUUCUCAGAGUAACUGUAAAAGUAAUAAGUUGGAGGUUUUCCGCAUGGUCCGAUGAUAUUAGUGAUAUGUACUGGUCAAUAGAUGCUCUCAACCAUGACUACGCGGAAGUCAGGGCUAACAUUGCCAAAACACUUCAAAAGCUCAGCAGAUCACAGCUACAUCCAAGCUUCAAGAACGUCGCAGAAUUCAAGAAGCUCUCCGAAAUAGUACCAAGUGACAGAGUAAUAAUCAAGCAUAAUGCCGAAGACAAGAUACUCCGUCAUAUCCAGAAGGUCAAGCAACACUUGGCGAAGGAGCACAGCAAUAGACUUCCCCCACCGAUGUCAGCUUUAUCUACUUAUGAUAAAGUUGGUUUGACUACUUUGAGAUUUCUUUGGGAUGCACUUCACGACUCUACAAGAUGUUCUUUCUAUCCAUUCUCGAUUGGACUCCUUGGUGACUUCUUCAAUAUGCGAGAGCUGUCUGAUUCACCAGACCUUCAAGCCACAGCUCAGUCCGUACUGAGCUUAUUUGCUGUCAUUCCGCCACCAAGAGAGUAUUCUGAACCUGUCAUCCGUACCCUUCUGGAUGUCGUUAGUUCAUCAACUAAAUAUCGGGUCCGUUUACAUGCACUUCCUAUAACAGCUGUCUUCUACUUCUUCCAACUGCCACAUAUUUCUCCAGCAACAAUUCUCGGGGUUAUGGAAGAGCUUUACAAAUUGCUUAGAGAUCAGAAUAUCGAAGUUAGAGAGGCUGCAGCUGAGACACUCUCAGGAUUAGUUAGAUGUUCACAGAGGUCAUUCACACUUGACCUUAAGAAGCGUUUCACGGAGACAGUAUCUGCAAACUCAGUGUUACCAAGACGUAGAUUGGAAAAUGGAGACGUCAAUCCAAAUUAUGCACCUGCAGUGUUAAAGCUACACUCAGGUAUUUUGGGUAUAUGCGCUCUAAUCAAUGCUUUCCCUUAUGAUGUACCAUCGUGGAUGCCGGAAUUACUCGCAGGGGUAUUAGCUGAACACGUUUCAAACUCAGAUACUGUCAUUAGCUCUACAAUCAGAAAGACAGCUCAAGAUUGGAGACGUACUCAUCAAGACAGUUGGUCUGAAAACAUACACAAGUUUAAUGAAGAGCAGCUAUCAGAGUUGAGCUCUUUGUUCUUAGGUGAAUGCUAUUUUGCUUAAUACAAUAUCAAAGCAUUAAUCAAUUGCAUUUAAAUCAACUGCAUAAAAAUAUCUUUCCAUGUUUUAGUUUCUAACUUUACUUUUCUAUCUUAUUCUUCUAUUUUAAUUUUGUAAACAUCACGUUACGAUAUAUUCCUUUAGUUUACAGUGUAUCCGAUUGAUUCAUAGAAUGCUUUUCCGUAAGCCACACAUUGUUCAUAUGUUCUCGUGAAUCCCAUUUGUCCACCAUAGUAUGGGUCCUGUAUUGCUUUUCCAUCCAAAUAAGAACCGAACAAUUUGAUAUCAGCUUUACAGUUCUUUGGCGCAAUUCUAAGUAAAUUAGAGAGGUUGCUACCAUCCAUCGCUAGAAUAUAGUCAAACUCUUGGAAAUCGUUUUGUCUGACUUUUCUAGCAAGUGAAUUCAUAGGAAUACCAUGCUUUUGGAGUGUAGCAAUAGUUCUGUCAUCAGCAUAUUCACCUUCGUGGUAGGCGGCAGUACCAGCUGACUCAACAUAGAUAGGAAGGUUGUUCUGGUCUUUCAAAUGAGUAAGAACUCCCUCAGCCAUUGGAGAUCUACAGAUAUUUCCGAGGCAUACAGCUAAUACUUUCUUUUCUACCGGUUUGCUCAUCGUUGUUAUUGAA